AGUGAAACGGUGAUUUAAACCGGUUAAUCAAACCCCGGAGCUUCACUCUCAAACCCUCAUCUCUACACCAACAUGGAGCUUCUCUCUCAAAUGUGUCUUCUGCUCCUGUGUGGAUUCACCUUUGUGAACGGAGACGGUAAGAAAAUCACGGCUGAGAUUAUUCAGAUGUUUUUGUUUUAUCGACUAAAUUCAAGACAAACUUGUUUUCGUUAAUGUCCUGUCAGUUCGGCGGAAGUGUGAAGCGUUUUCCGCAAAAAUGCGCGUCUAUUCUGAACUUUACGAUAAGUAGUAAUUGUCUGUGAACCCAAAUAAACAAGGAAACUGAUUCAGAAUCGGAACCAGAACCAGAACUGGCCAAGUAUGAGUAGCUACACAUACAAGGAAACUGACUGAGCUGAGGCUGAAACUGGAAACGUUUUUUUAAUCCCAAAAGUAUUUAGUGUAUUUAAAAGGAAAAACAGAGUUAAAAAAAAACUCAUAAUUAUUCUUUUCAGUGAUGAAUCUUUGCUUAAUGAACUUUUUACAGGGAUAAAUCUGACAGAGGAAUGUGUUUUAAUGCCUUUAUCAGGAUACUCUUACUUACUUUUGCAUAAUAUACAAAGGUUGUAAAUUCACUUUAUAUGUAUUUCUCCAGACUUCUACCCAAUAAGUCAGAUAUGGUAAUAUAAGCGUAUUGUGUAAUAAGUAUAAAGUUUUAUGGUUUAAUUGUCUUGUCAGACCCAAAAUGCUGAUACUCCUAGCCAAUUUCGACCUAACAUAGUUUAUUUGAGGUUUGCAACUGAGAUUGUGGUCCAUUUUCACCGCUAAAAAAGUACACUCAUACACCCUUUUUAUCUUAGUAUUAUCAACACUCACUUUAGUCUCUGUAUUUGGUUAAAUUGGUCUCUUUCCAAACACUAUGAACUGUGUCUUGGUCCUGUUUAGAAAGAGUUUAUUCUCAUCAAACCAUAAUUUCAGUUUACUCAAUUUCACUGAGGUAUCCUGCAAAAAAAUAAGAAUAAGAAGAACUGUAUUAAUAAUUAUUUAUUAUUAUUUUUAUAUUGUAUGUAUUUUUUAUUAUUAUUUAUACAUUAUUUGUAAUAUUAUAAUAUUUUAUUAUUUUUAUAUUUUUUAUAUUUUUAUAUUUAUUAUUAUAUUAUGUUUAUAUUUUUAAUUAAAUUUUUAUCAUAUUUUAUAUAUUAUAUUUUUUAUUAUUGAUUAUAUAUUUAUUAUAUAUUUAUAAUUAUGUUUUUAUUAUAUUAUGAUUAUUAUUAUAUUGCUAUUAUUGUAGUACCAUCUGCAAAAAUAACAAAUUUACACUAGAGCCGUCACAUAUAUCAUUUAUAUUAUUUAUAUGUAAUUGUAGAGGACAGAGUUUGUUAUAACGUUGUUUGUACAUUUCUAGAUUUAACAUGUGCAGCUGUGGUUCUCAGGGUCAUUUAAUACCUGCGGAGUAUUAUCUGUUACUGUUUUACAUUUCUCAGUAAAUUCAUCAGAGUAAAGGGGAAUUUCCGUCUUUGAUUUGAGUUACGGUAAAAACUCAACCUUUUCCGGAUGAUGUCGUCGUUUGAGCCGCACCUCUGAUGUCCGUGUUGGUUCAGCGCACUUCUUCAGGUCCAAACAGGACUCAUGUUGAAACACAGAGAUCACAGUCAGAUCAUCAUCACCACGCUGACUCACAGCUGCGCAACACUGGAGUGUACCCAGUCAGACGUCAUGCCAACCCUCUUGACAUUCCCUUAGUUUGAACAUGUUCACUCUGGACCACAAUCUACCUGUUGAUGAAAUAAACGGAUGUUAACGUUGCUGUUUUUUCUCAUCUUCCAGGAGCAGCUGUGAUUGGAGCAAAAGAAGACGGGGAUGUUGAUUUUCCCUGUUCCCUCAGGCCCGGGGGGGACUUUGAGUUUUGGAUGUAUGACUGGAAGAAAGGCGAUCACAUGGAGGUGCUGAUGUACGAUGAAGGCUUAACUCAUGAUACAGGAUUCACAGUUCCAGAUACUCAGUUUGUAGGUCGAGUCUCAUAUCUGGAAGAUCAACUAGGAUCCGGCGCGCCUUCCAUCAACAUCACAAAGACCAACAAGUCUGACAGCUGGAACUACAGCUGUGAGUUUUCAGAUCGUGAGUGGAAUCAGAGGGUCUUCAUCGAGCUUGUUGUUGGUGAGUUCUUCAGUCGGAGACACCGAUUUACUGCCAGGAGAGUCACAGACGGACUGAAUUAACCCGUCAGUUCCUAACCUUUCACUCUCAUGUAGUUUUUCUUGUAGAUGCUGUCUUUACCUCGUGAGGUUUAUUUCACUCAAACUGCAUUUUGUACCCCUCAUUUUAGGUUGUUUGAUAUACUCUGAGUUAAAGCUCCUGUGAGGUUUGUGUCAGAUUUGGCGCCCCCCUGUGGACAGCGCAGUCUUUGUUCAUUGCUGACUUUUUACAGUAUUACUUUGAGUGAAUACAUUAUAUCGUAAAUGUUACCCACUGACACCCACCCCCUCACGCCUGUUUCAGGUGUUAAAAAUUAAAAUAUAAAAAUCAUCAAUCUUUUUACUGAUGAUCUCAUUUGCUUUUGAACAUCAGAAAAAGACACAGAUAUGUGUUUCAGCCCAUUUCAUAACAGUCGAAAAACUCAUAGAAGCGUCACCCUCGAUUUCCACCACAUCCUGAACGGCUACGAAAAGGCUGUGUCCGCUCAUCGUAACCAUUCAAGUUAACGUGUCAAUUUCCACCGGCUUCUUUCCGCUUCUUUCCUCUGAAAGGACACAAUCUACUGCUUUUAUAAUUAGCUUAUGUGGCUGAAGACAACUUGUUAUCGUGUGAUUGCACGUGAGUUCUCACGAUUCCUGCUCUCCGUAAUCCGCCAUGAAAUUCGCCUCACAAACUGAUCUGGUAGGAAUUGGCGUAUGGCGGAAAUCCCAGGUUAUACAGAAAAAAAUAGACACUGUAGUACAGUAUAAUCUCCAGCAGGUGUCCUCAGAGCUCUCCAAAUUCUGUUUUUUAUACUUCCGUUAUCUGUGUAAAUGCUAAUGUUGUAUUUUGUUUUGUUUUUAGAGUGUAACCUAAAGGAAACCACAGUGGAAAACAGACAAGGUGAGUUCUGGUUCUGAUGAUGGGAGAGGAGAGGAGCAGGAUUAAUCUGUUCUAUUAAUCUGGAUUUUAUCCCCUCUUGUCUGCAGUGAUUCUGUGAUUUAUGAUUUAUAUUUCCUCCACUGUUAUGAUUAUUUAUCCCGCUCUUCUGUGUCUUUCCCCUUUUUUAUAUCUUAAAAAACACCCAAAAACACGAGACCUCGAUAUUCUUGUAUUAUUAACACUUUGUGCACAUGCGCAGGUCAAAGGCCAUUUGUCGGCUCCAAGAAUGACACAGAGGUCCGGGCUCUGCUGCAGUGUCCGGUUAAUAGUUCUGGAAACAUCCUCCGCACUGAAGAAGAAGAGACCACAGAAGCUGCUGUGACCAAGAUCGACCACUACAGCUGUGUGGUAACACGGGAGAUUUGUGCUGACGACCGUCUCAGGAUAGUGAAAUGCUGUAAGAUUCUUUCUUUGUUAUCAUGAUUAACAGUGAUUUAGAGCUUUUACCUGUGCUCAGACUAAACACAGAGUGACAUUCAAUUAUUAUGACAAGUGAAAAGAAGAACAGGCUCAAUUCAGUCGUCAGGUUCACCUUCUCUUGGUGUCACCUGUCACAUUCAGUCUGCUCUCUGUCCAAUCAGCACACACUCUGAGUGACACUAACUUUCUGUUCUCAGAUCGGUCUGCACCCAUACUUUUGUAUAUUUUCAUCAUCUGUGUUGUUCUGAUCUUUGCCAUCGCCGUCGCCCUGUGUGUGCUCUGCGCCAAGAGACGCAUCUGCUGUAAAAAAGGUAAGACUAUAAAAUAUUCACUCUUGAUUGAAACAGUCUCUCUCUGUCUGUUUGCUGUUUAGACUCUUGACAGAUGUUUCAUCUCCUCAGACCUGCAGUUUUAGCUUUGACAAUGGUUGUGUUUGUUUAUAUACUAUUUAAUUUAACUGAUGUUAGAUCAAUUCCCAGAAAAGUUGGCAACUCAGUAACAAAAGUUUCCUAAACUCCACACGUAACAAACUUCAGGAUGAGUACUCCGUCCAUCUGCGCUCAAACUGAACAAGGAAGUGAAUGAAACACCAAACUCCGGGGUCUUUUGUGUUUAGAUAUUAUUUUUUAUUAGCAGAGCGGGGGUAGUUUUGUUAAACUGUUUCAAAAUAUAGAAAACCGUGUGCUUUUUGUUGCAUGACAUUCAUAUCAAAGGUUUAAAUCUUCAUCCAGUUAUAUAAGUUUAUUAUUUAAGUUUAAGUUUAUUAUUUUCUUUUUGUAUAAACUUUAUAAUACAGAAGAGGAUUAAAGGUCCAAUGUUUACAUAUUUUUAUUGUUAUUCUGAGAAAAAAAAGUCAAAAUUUUGAGAUUUACUUUUUUCUCAGAAUUCUGACUUUAAUCUUGAAUAAAAAAAUUGGAAUAAAAGUAAUAUUUAUCCAGAAAGCUGUACUCUCUUUGUGAUGUUAAGUCUGUGUUUAUUCUUACAGAUGAAAAAUCAGAAUCAAUGGAAUCUAUGCUCUAAGGGAAGAAGAGGAGCCGUCCUAAAGUCUUUGUAUUAUCAUGAUGGGUGUUUGUCUUGUCACAGGAGGAGACGAGACAAACAAAGACUACUUUGUCCACCAGGGGGCACCAGAAGUGACACAAAGUGAAAGUUACUGAUAAGCGCUUUAAGCAAUGAGUUUUACACACAUUCACACACCUACUACUGUAUAAAUUGAAAGCACCUGACAUGUCUUUACACAUUUAAGGGGGUGGCCUAGGUAAUAACAUAAAUAAUAACAAUGCAGCCAUACAAAUAAUACCAAUGAAUGACUGAUGAAUGAUGUUCAGGGGGCCACAUAUGGUUUUUAAUCUCAAAACGUAACACAUUCAGGAUGCUCAGUGCACAUUAAACAGCAGGAGGUACAUAACGGUAGAGGAGCUUUGACUUAUCAGCAGUAAGAAUCAUCGGCCUACAUCAGCAGCAGCACUAAAAUGUUUUUAUUUUAUUUUAUUUUUACAAUAAUAUAUAUUUGAUCAUACAUAAAGCUUCACUCAUACAUGUAAAAUAUAAAAAAAUAUAUUAUUAUUAUUAUUAUUAUUAUUAUUAUUAUUAUUAUUGUUAUAUAUAUUUUUUAUUGCUCUUGGGGGCCCCCUACUGCUCACACAUAGUGACUGCAUCAUGAUUUAAUACACAGGAAAUGUGAAACAGAGUUGUGUUUUUGUGCAAAAGCUUUUGUGUUUUCUUUCAGCAAAGUAUCAUUUUUGUUUGCACUAUGUAAAUACUUUUAAUUUUGUGAAACUGAGUUUUAAGUAUAAAAUAUGCGAAACGAUGUUUUGAUUUCUGGAGAGAAGUGACACUCAGAGAUUAUUUUCCCAAUGUGCCCGAUUUAAAUUAUAUUUUUUUACACAAGUUUUAGUUUCCCUUUAUGUGAUUCGUGAGUUUGUUAUUCAUGAGUUCAGUUAUUCAUGGC